AUGAAUUGCCAAGGACAGGGGCAGGUCCGGGGGCGCAGGCGAGCCUCCCGGACUCCGCUGCCGGCCGUGGGCGUGCGUCGCGACCGCGAACGUGAGCGACGCGAAGAGCGCUACGCGGCCAGCAAGUGGGGCGCCGCCCCCGCGGCCGCAGCGCUGCCGCCGCCGCCCACGCACUGGCGCCGCGAAGGCCGAUGUCGUCCAGAACCCGACCGCGCUCUGCCACUCAAGCUACUUCUCAACGUGAGCGCGUCGUAA